AUGAAGCUCUCCCUCGUUACCAUCGCCGCUGCCGCCGGCGCUGCUGUCGCUGCUCCCGCCGCUGAGCUUGACACUCGUGCCGGAAGCGUCCAGGGCUUUGACAUCUCUUCGUACCAGCCCAAUGUUGACUUCAGGGCUGCCUACAACGGUGGUGCCCGUUUCGUCAUGAUCAAGGCCACCGAGGGAACCACCUACAAGUCCGCCACCUUCAACACCCAGUACGUUGGUGCUACCAACAACAAGUUUAUCCGUGGUGGUUACCACUUUGCCCACCCCGAUGGCUCUGCUAGCGCUCAGUGCGACUACUUCCUCGCCAACGGCGGUGGCUGGUCCAACGAUGGCAUCACCCUCCCCGGUAUGAUUGAUUUGGAGGGUUACUCAGGCAAGCCCAAGUGCUACGGCCUCAGCGCCAGCGCCAUGAUUGCCUGGAUCAAGACCUUCUCCGACCGCUACAAUGCCAAAACCGGCCGUUACCCCAUGAUCUACACCUCUCCCGAUUGGUGGCAGUCCUGCACCGGAAACACCAAGACUUUCGGUACCACCAUCCCUCUCGUCCUCGCCCGCUGGGCCUCCAGCCCCGGAACCGCCCCUGGUGGCUGGCCAUACCACACCUUCUGGCAGAACGCCGACACCUACCGCUACGGUGGUGACUCUGAGAUUUUCAACGGCGGCAUGGACCAGCUCCAGCGCUUCGCUAAGGGUGGUUAA